AUGCCACGUCGCCUCCAGCGGUCGUGUCGCCUCGAGCACGCGCAGGCACCCGCGCGGACUCCCGCGCUGGCGGGCACUCGGGCGCAGGCAGCAGCGGGAGCGACGGCGAGGAGUACCAUACCCCCCACAGCACCCCUCCCCCGCACAGCGACAGCCUUCCCGCCGCGCUGCAGCGCGCGCAGCAGCUGGCGGGGCUCCCCGGACGUGGGGGAGGCGUACGAGGUGGGGGGGGAGCAGCUGGGCGUGGGGCAGUUUGGCGUGAUCCGCGCGUGUGUGAGCCGCAGCACGGGGCAGGUGCUGGCAUGCAAGGCCAUCAGCAAGGCGCGCAUUCUGGCGCAGGAGGACGCGGAGGAUGUGGCGAAGGAGGUGCGCGUGAUGCAGCAGCUGAGGGGCCACCCGCACAUCGUCAAGAUCCACCGCGCCCUCGAGGACCACCAGAGCGUGCACAUCAUAAUGGAGAUCUGUCGGGGCGGCGAUCUCUUCGACCGCGUCAAGGCGGGCGGCAGGCUGAGCGAGCGCAGUGCGGCGGCCGUCACGGGGCGGCUGGUGGAGGCGCUGCUGUGGUGCCAUGGGAAGGGCGUUGUGCACCGCGACGUGAAGCUUGAGAACAUUCUGCUCAAGCAGCGCGGCAGUGACACCGACAUUCGUCUUACAGACUUUGGCAUGGCCGCUGAGGUCCGCCCAGGCGAGGUGCUAACGGAGCUGAUAGGCACGCCCUACUACAUGGCGCCCGAGGUACUGGCAGGCUCGUACGGGGCCGAGGCAGACAUCUGGAGCGCGGGCGUCGUCUUAUACAUCCUGCUGUGCGGCCUGCCGCCCUUCUACGCGGCGAGCAACGAGGGCAUCUUUGACGCCAUCCGCAGCAAGCCCGUGCAGUUCAAGGCGGCCAAGUGGAAUGGCGUGAGCAGCGCUGCCAAGCAGCUGAUCAGCAGCAUGCUAGAGAAGAACCCCCGCGACCGCAUCACGGGGGAUGAGGUCCUAGAGCAUCCGUGGAUAAAGGCACAUGCGUUUGAUGACUAA